UUACACAAAAAGCCCGGGGUUUCUUUUUUUCUGUCAGAGGGAUUAAACUCGCCUUUUUCUGGAAAACGAGUGCAGAGGUAAAGAACGCCAUGUUGACACGACACCGCCAACUGGGACGCCAAAUGGCACUUGGGAUAAUAACGUUGUUAUUCCCUGUAUUUUAUUACGUUAUCACAAUCAACGAUCAAUCGACUCAAGCCAACUUGUCUGAAGAAAAAAAGACGAGAUUGAAACAGCUGAUUAAUCAAACUUCCAACGCCUUUCAACGGUUAAAAAGCAUCGCUUAAUUUCUUGCCCAUUGUUGACAACACUUAACUAAUUUACUUUAAUUCAAUUAAGUGUUUCUAUGGUAACAAUUACUUGUAAUGCCGCAAAUGCCAAAAAUCAUUGUCUUUUGCUAACGACGGCCUAACUUCAGGCUAACUUAGCAACAUGGCUAAUGUUACCAACGAAUCCAACUGACACGAGCGAGAGGCUAAGCUAACGGCUAAUGUUUUUUGAUAAGGGUAAUUUUGACGUUUCAAAUCGCCGCAUCGUUGAAUUAAACAUGGCGUUUACUAAUAUGGUGACACCAGCUUGGUGGAUGUAAUUCAGUAUGGGCUACUAACUGUUAAAGUAUCUUAACUAUAGUCAAAGCAACGUGUCGCUCCAUUAACGUUAGCUUUAACGUUAAGUUGCGCACUUAAAAAUAGUCGAGUCGUCGUCUUUCUGCCUAAAAACACACUAGUAAGAAAGCUUAUUUUAGCUCCCGAUCUCCCUGAGAUGAUUGGGAUUUAUUCCCCUCGAGUCUUAAAUGCUAGCUAUCUUUAAAUUAAUAUUUUUUACAAGUCAGUUUUGUAUCGUGUUACACUAGUUUAGCCAUCUGUCUUAAACCCGUUUGUGCAGCCUGCUGUCAUGGAUAUUUGUCUAACCUAUCCCUUUUAUUCACAGUCGUGCCCACACUGACUCGUCCCAAACAUCCACAAAUGUCCCCAGAAAAUGUGUAAAACGUCUGCAAAGCAUCCCAGAAGUGUUUCAAGUCAAACACAAAGUUCCCUUUUUCCACAGUCCCCAGUUGGCAAGUGUGCUGUAUGUAACUCAGUUGGCCCCAUUUCCAAGUCCCACAGACCCUAGUAGUGUCCCUAAAAGAUUAGGGGAAAUCAUUUUUUUCAAUGUUUUUGAGUGCAAAAUGUGAAGGAAACCUGUCACAGCCAGAGGAUGGAGAGCUGGAGGAGGGCGAGCUGGAGGAUGAUGGGGGUGAUGUGGAGGAGGUGGAGAUCGGUGGAGGUACGUCGGCAGCAGCAGGAACAGGAGGAGAAGGCGGCGGCGUAGAAGGCGGGGAUGAAGCGGGCGGAGGAGGUGAAGCGGGAGGAGAAGAGGCUGGGGAGAGGUCUCAGCGAAGCAAGGAGCGCCACGCCAGCAGCAAUUCAGACGAGGACAGAUCCCACCGUCGCAAGAGGAAGAGGAAGAAGGAGAGGGAGCGAGAAAGGGAGAAGAGGAGGUCCAAGAAAAAACGCAAAUCCAAACACAAACGUCAUCCAUCCUCUGAUGAUGACCACUCUGACUUCAGUGACGACUCUGACUACAGUCCCAGUGAGAAGAGGAAGUACAGAGAGUACAGUCCACAGUACCCCCCUCCAUCUCAUGGGGGCUACGGCGGCUCAAAGAAGGGCACCUACAUGAAGAUGGAAAAGCAGAGCUACGCCGGCUACGAUGAUUUUGAAGAGGACAACUUUGAGGGAGAGGAAGAGGAGGACAUUGGGGAUGAAGACUAUGAUGACUUCACCAAGGAGCUCAACCAGUACCGCAAGGCCAAGGAGGGAGGAGGCGGCCGCGGGCGAGGUGGGUCCACGGCAGCCGGGUUAAAGCUGUCCAAGUUGAAAAAUAGACUCGGGGGCAAGGGUCGCAUGAAAAACCAGAGAGGCCGUGGAGGAAUGAGGGGAGGGCGGAGGGGAAGAGGAGGAAGCAGAGGAAGAGGAGGUCGAGGAGGAGGUGGAGGAGGAGGAGGAGGAGGAGGAAAGAUGGGAGGAGACAACGACGAUGGAGAGGGCUAUGGAGAAGACAUGGAGUACGGAGAUGAUGACUAUGACAACAUGGGUGGUGGUGGUGGAGAUGAUGACUACGAGGACUACUCGAAAGAACUUAAUCAGUACAAAAAGUGCAGAGGCAGAGGAGGUAAAGGUGGCCGCGGACGAGGGAGGGGUAAAGGAGGGCGGGGUAUGCUCAGAGGAGGACGGGGUCGAAACCGCGGGAGAGGAAGAGGUGACAUGAUGAACGAUGACGACAACAACGGGGACAUGGACAACGGGGACGGAGUUGGAGCAGGCGAUGGACCUGGACCAGGGAGGAGAAAUCACAAUGAGAAGCACCAGGAUAAGAAAGGAAAGGCCAUCUGCAAGUACUACAUCGAGGGACGAUGCACCUGGGGGGACCACUGCAACUUCAGCCAUGACAUUGAGCUGCCCAAGAAGAAGGAGCUUUGCAAGUUCUACAUCACUGGAUUCUGUGCCCGAGCCGACCACUGUCCUUACAUGCAUGGUGAAUUCCCCUGUAAGCUGUUCCACACCACGGGGAACUGUGUCAACGGCGACGAAUGCAUGUUCUCCCAUGAUGCCCUCAAUGAUGACACCCAGGACCUGCUCAACAAGAUGCUGGAGGAGGAUGCAGAGGCCGGAGCAGAGGAUGAGAAGGAGGUGGAGGAGCUGAAGAAGCAGGGGAUCAACCCUCUCCCCAAACCCCCUCCUGGAGUUGGCCUCCUCCCCACCCCCCCUCGGCCUGUUCCUCUAGAAGCCAACACAGGUUCUGGGGACUUUGGUGGGCCUCCGCUGGCUGACUUUGGGGGUCUUUCUGCGCCUAACCAGGGGCCCAUUUCUAACAAAGGUCCCCCAGGACCAGGGCCUAUUCCUGGGCCCAACCCCUGUGCUGGUCCCCCUCUCCAUUGCCCUGAUGGAAAUCCCUUCCAAGGCGGACCCCCAAAUCCCAGUGGCCCCCCUCCCCACAUGGGCCCCCCACCUCCUUGUGGUGGAGGGGGAGGUGGCAUGGGGAAGAAGAUCCCCUCACUGUUUGAGAUUAAAGUUCAGCCAACGGGACAGCUGGCUCACAAACUGGCCGUCAGAGGCCAGACUCCCAGUGGCAACCAGGGUCAGACUGCAGCACCUGGACCCCAAGGGGCCCCUGGUGCCCCUCCCCCUUGCUUCCCUGCUCCCCCAGGCAUGAUGCCCCCUGACAUGCAGAACAUGGGACCCAACCUUGGGAUGAACCAGGGGCCCCCCAACAUGGGCCCCGGCGGACCGCCCAUGAUGGGCGGAUUUGCGUCUGGUGACGGACCUCCACAUGGAGGUGCUAUGCCUCCAGGUCCUCCUCCGGGCGGAGGAAACUUCUUCAACAACUUCUUCAAUCAGGACAGUAUGAAUAUGGAGGGAGUGGUGCAAGAAGGUGACAACUACCAGGGUUUUGCCGGUAUGGACGAGAGAGGAGGAGCGGGGAACGGUGGUCAUCAGUCGGGUGGCAGUCAAGACAGCUCUGCUAAUGGAGCCUCAGCCAAUCAAGGAGGGAUUUCUGUGCCGGACUUCCUGCCUCCGGCGCAGCGCGUCCUGUUCAUGAGGAUCCAACAGAAGCAGCAGGAAGAAGAGGAAAGAGCUCGCAGGAUGGCUGAGGGAGGAGCGGAGAAGAGUAGAGACAUGGAAGGUGACUCCGGGAACUGGUACUCCAGUGAGGAUGAGGAUGGCGGAGGUAGUGUGACCUCCAUCUUAAAGACACUCCGUCAGCAGACCAAGGCUCCUCAGAAAUCUGACGCCCCGCUGAGCGACCCUCGCCUCCAGAAGGCCUCCCCUGCCAACGCUCCAGCUCGGCCAGCAGACCCCCGCUUGGCUCGGGACCCACGUCUGGCACGUGCUGGAGAUCCGGCCGACUCCACCCACGCAAUACCCGCUGUAUCUUCCUCCGGACCGCCUGCAGACCCCAGGCUAGCCCGGCUAACUACUGCUGGUUCCGCCGGAUCCACCUCCCACUCGCAUCCUGCUCCUAAACCAGAGCCUCCUCUCGUCUACAAACCCCCGCCGCUUACAACCCCGGUAGCGGAGGAGGAGGAGACGGAGCGGGUUCUACGGGAUAAGCCGGUGCCGAUUCCCCUGGACCCGCUCAUGGGUAUGGCUCUGAGAGACCCACGCUCGCAGCUGCAGCAGUUCAGCCACAUCAAGAAGGAUAUUCUUCUCCACAUGCCGGCCUUCGCCAAAGCCAUCACCUGGUCCCCUGAGGAUCUUCUUCCUCUCCCCAUACCCAAGCAGGACCUCCUACCACUCCCACCAGGCAUCCCUCCAGUCUCCUCCAUAGACCCACGUCUGACCCGCACUAAGCAGCCGCUCCAAUCAUCGCUCCCUCACUCACAGCCUCCUCCUGUCCAGCCUCCUCCCUCCUCUUUGGACCCCCCUGCUCCUUCUUCCUCCACCUCCUCCCUCCCAGAUUUUGAACUCCUGUCUCGUAUCCUGAAGACUGUCAACUCCAGCCCGUCCCAGACCCCCUCCCCUCCCCUCUUAACCGCCCCUAUUGCCCCUAUGUCGCUGCUGGGUCCACCUCCCCCCAUGCCUAUGCCUCCCCCACCUGCAGAAAAGCCCGUUGACCCCCGUAUGUCCCGUAAGAUCCUCGCAGAUCCACGUCUCCAGCCCCAGAAGUCAGCACUUAAGCAGCCGUCUGACCCUGUGCCUCCUCCCGUCUCCUCUACUUCUCCAGCAUCAACAUCUAGCUCUUCUCCCCCAACAAUCGCCCCCUAUGACCCAAGGCUGCUCUCCUCAGGUGGGGCAGGCCGCAGUGUUGGCGUCGGGGCACCAGGGGGAGCCAGUGUGCUGAGCAACAUCAGUCUGUAUGAUCCUCGGACUAACAAACCAGGCAGCCCUGGUAGCAGCAGUGGCUCGAACAACUCCCCCAACUCAGCCAGCACAGAGUCCAAACCCAGUGAGCCCCCGGCAGGUAAACCUAAGUCUAAGGAACCCCUGUUUGUUCGGAAGUCUGCGUUGGACCAACCAGAGCCAGAAAAAAGUGCAGAGCAAGGAACCGAUCGAUACAACAGCUAUAACAGACCCCGGCCUAAGCCUGCACCCUCACCCAACACAGCUGCUCAGGGAGGGCCGGCGGCAGCAGCUGCUGGCGCAGGCCAGGGGGCUCCGGGAGCUGCUGGGGAUCAGGGGCCUGCGGGAGUCCACAGCCUACCAGUGUCCUCUUUAUUUGGUGUGGUGAAGCAGGCGGCCAAGCCAGGCGGGACCGGCAGCCCCUUUGGAGGCAACAGUCCGGUGCAGUCUGACCAGGCGACCACAGAGCAAGACAACGCAUCGCUGAAGGACGUUUUCAAAGGCUUUGACCCCACAGCCUCGCCCUUCUGCCAGUGA